ACAGCAUUCGUCAUCGUUGCUGCAGCUUUCUGCGCAUCAUCUUUUGUCUCGGCCGUGAUAUAUGAUCUCUUCUAGAACCUUAUGUUACUUUUUGUAUACACGCAAUGCUUGUUUAACCCAUUAACGCUACCCCGGUUUAUUACUUGCAUUUAGUCCCGCAGGGUUGAUUAAAAUUCGCCCGAGAUGAAUUCCUGCACGCACGUCAUUCAGGUGACAAAUGUCUCACCAAGCACAACCUCGGAACAAAUGAGGACUCUCUUCGGCUUUUUGGGAAACAUAGAGGAACUCAAACUCUUUCCACCCGAGUGAGUAUCUUUGGAGAAGCUUCUGAUGGUUCAGCAGGCCCCGUUGGAAGCUAACGCUAAUGCAUAUCACGUACCCGCAGCUCCAUCUCAUCUAAUCGGAACCACAGUUUAUUGUACGGAUGCAACCUAAUUUUUCAUGAACAAUUCCAUUUUCUUACAUUUUGAUCUUUAUUAUUUAGCUAUUUUAUUUGAAAUUGCUUUCUAUUAUAAUUAUAAAUACACUGUUUCUAAAUGUAGUAUAACUGUCAUCUAAAAUGCACUGGACACAUUAGGUACAUCUGCAUGAUCCACUACAACUAAGUGGAAAAUUGUUUUUCUUUUUCUUAAAUUGUUUCUUUUAUAAUUACCAAAUAUAUUAUCCAAAUGAUAAACGUGCUUAUAACUCACCAGUACGUCAUUAUACGUAUACAGACCGACCUAAUCUUUUUUAUUCUAUAUAAUUCAGUCUUGGUUUUAUUUUGAACCAUAAUACACUUUCCUCACUCUUACAAGGCAAAACUUUUGUUUUUUCCAUAAGGACACAUUUUGUCUCAUCAACUUUAGAGUCCGUUCGUCCAUUGAGGCGACUGCCUUGAGUUAAGAAGACGCCUUAUCUGGUUGUCCCUGUUUGUAUGCUGUGCACAACAUAUGUGUGUUUUCUUCCAGUGACUCUCCCUUGCCUGUGACUUCACGUGUGUGUUUUGUAAAGUUCCUUGAGUCUGAGUCGGUGGGCGUCUCCCAGCACUUGACCAACACCGUCUUCGUGGACCGGGCCUUGAUCGUAGUGCCGUUUGCAGAAGUGGACAAGUCAAUUGCAGAGAGCCCCUUCCUUGCUGGCUGAAAGUGGUCCUCUACUGCCAUCAGGAGAUUAGAAAAAAAUGGCACCAGGCUUGCAAGCCCCUCUUGUGUGUGUCUCUCUCUCUCUCUCCCUCUAAUCUUGUUUUUCUCUAUUCAAUGAAUAUUCUCUUAGCUAGAGCUACUCAAAUGUUUACAAGACUAGCAUUAAGGUUCAUCAAGAUACUUAUCACCAAAUCAAGUAGGGAUGCCCUACAACCGUAUGCAUGUGCAGAAUUUGCCCAAGUGUAAUAUUCAGAUACAUCCCAAAUAGAGCAAUUUGAAUGCACUAAUUAACCUAUAGUAAUUUGUUUUACCUGAGCGUCUCGACGCGUAACUCUGAAAGGGUGGAGUGUCUCUCCCAUUUUAACAGUGGUGUUUCUUUUUUGUCAUUGUGUUUUACAGUUCUUUUUCCUGGUUCAGCCAGCUCUAUAUACCAGGCCCUGCUGCAAAUGCCACCAAGCGUUUUGUCCUACGCAGCCUUAUCCUGUUUCCCAAGUGUCUGUUAUGUUGUUGCUGUGCACCUAUGUGUGUGUGAGUGAGUGAGUGUAUGUGUAUGCGCGCAUCUCCCUUUUACAAUAUGAAGUUGUCUAAUGGAGGAGAAAAAAAAAACAUUUAUUGUUUUCAGAUUGCACAACCAUGGAUUGAGCUUCUCAUUUUAAAUUGACUGUUCUUUUUCUAGCUUUGGGCACAUCUUUCUUUCUUUUCUUUCUUUCUUUCUUUCUUUCUUUCUUUCUUUCUUUCUUUCUUUCUUUCUUUCUUUCUUUCUUUCUUUCUUUCUUUCUUUCUUUCUUUCUUUCUUUCUUUCUUUCUUUCUUUCUUUCUUUCUUUCUUUCUUUCUUUCUUUCUUUCUUUCUUUCUUUCUUUCUUUCUUUCCAGAUUUUAGUGUGGACAAAACUGAGAUGUGUUGUAUCUCAUUGACGUUGAAGUAGGUUGUGUUACUAUAGUACGCUAUAGUAGGGGUGUCAAACUCAUUUUUUUCGCGGGCCGCAUUGUAGUCCUAGCUUCUUUCGGAGGGCCAUUAUGACUGUCAACCCAAAUAAAUGUAUGAGCACCUCAUAUUAUAUACAGUAAAAGCUGCAAAACAAACUGACAAACAGUAAAAGCUGCAAAACAAACUGACAAAUAACUCGUUUUCAAAUCAGACGAGUAAAAACUGGUCAAAUAUUAAAAAAAACGAUAUUAAAAGUGAAGACAAUUUGCAAUUCUAGUAAUGACACGAAUUUGAUGCAAAAUUUGUCUUUGCGGGCCACAUAAAAUGAUGUGGCGGGCCGUAUGAGACUCUCGGGCCUUGAGUUUGACACCUGUGCCCUAUAGUAUUCUAAUAAUAGUGACUGGUAUGAGUAUCGAUACCUGUUAUUGGUACUUGCCCAGAAAAGGUAAUAUGUAUAAGCCUUUUCUGUUUGUGUAUUGGUAAGUGCUGUUGAAAUGUUCCCAUGUUCACACCCAAGUCACAAACUUUGUUUUCUGUAUCUCAAUGUUUCUGUGUGCUUUAUAGCGAAGCGAAGCAGCCGGCGCGAGUCGCUUGUUCAUAAAACAUCUAAUGAAAGUUGAGAGCACAUCCCACGGGACAACCGGCUGUGCUUGCUUACGUUUGGUUCAUGACUUAGAAAACAAGUACAGGAGUCAUUCCUGAUGAAUCAAAAGCUAUGUCGCUGCUGGCUCCGGCCAACGCCGUGGCGGGAAUGAUGCCUGGGGCGGGCCUUCUUCCAACACCCAAUCCUCUGGCUUCUAUGGGAGGGACCCCGUUCGGAGCGCCCAAUUUGGAGCAGAUUGCUGCAAUGGGAAUAGCGGGACCUAACAUGAACCCCCAGGCCCUUUCUGCAGACUUCCUGAAGCUCAUGCAGUCUAUGGAUACAAAGUUGAGUCCACUUGCAGCUGGACUGAACAUAAAUCCUGGCUUGAAGAAUGAUGGCUCAAACAAGGAAAUUGAGGAGGCCAUGAAACGAGUUCGAGAGGCUCAAUCCCUCAUUUCCGCCGCCAUCGAACCAGGAAGUAAGAAAGAUAACAAACGCAAACAUUCUCGGUCCCGGUCCCGGUCACGACGGAGACGCUCCAGAUCUCGCUCAAGACACCGACGCUCCCACAGCAGGUCUCGGAGGAGAUCCCAUUCAAGGACCAGAAGGAAGUCUAAAAGCCCACGGAGGAGGAAGUCUCACUCCCGAGAUAGAAGCCGUCGCAGCAGAUCCAGGUUGGCCUUGCGGCAAAGGUCCAACAGAUUAAUCCGGGACAGGAAGGAGGAAAAGUCCAAGAAGAGGUCAAAGACUCCACCCAAGAGUUACAGCAGUGCGAGGAGGUCUCGCAGUGUCAACCGGAGGCACAGGCGAAGCCGCAGUGGAUCCAGGUCCUCUAAAAAACGCUUGACCAGGUCUCCAUCGCUCAGACGGCACAAGAAGGAGAAGAAGAAGGACAAAGAUCGUGAGAAGGAACGAGAGAGAGAGCGGAGGGAACACAGGGACCAAGGUAGAGAGCAGAGGGAACGUUCAUCCAGUAAGAAGAAAAGCAAAGACAAAGAGCGAGACCACGACCGCAAGUCAGAUAGCGACAAAGGCGAUGUGAAGGUGAUGCGGGAUUACGACGAAGAAGAGCAGGGCUACAGCAGUGAAAAGGACAUGGAGGAGGAUGAGGAGAGGAAGAGUGACUCGGACUACGCCUCAUCACCCAAAGGGCUCAACGUAAUGGAGAGAAGCCAGUGCCAUGCUCCCAAAAAGUCCAAACUCAAUGGAGAUGAUCACCAUCAGGAAGACAUGGAAAUGAGUGACUAAGAUCCCCAUUUCCAGGGUAUUUUUAAUGUGGGCAACUUAUUACUGUAUCUGUGCCUGAUCAUUUGAAGUACAAUGUGGUAUUGACUGUAAACAAAACAAAGGUGUAGGAUGAAGGACUAUAAUGCGGUUAUCGUUUUAAGACUUCUCUUGUACUUUUUGUGCUUGAUGUCAGUUUUCAAUGAAAUACUUCUUCUUCCUCACUAUUCAGCUUUUCCCAUAACAUGUCCAGUUCCAUUUUCAUUUCCAGUCCUUUAUAUGUGAACACUGAAAUAUGGUUUUGUUUUACAAAAUGAAACUAAUAAAACUGGUGCGAUUUCA